UACCAGCAACGACCUCCGUCGCCGCCGAUUCCACCGGUCAACCUUCUGAAUCGCUCUCCGCCGUCGAUUCUUCCCAACAAGCCACUGAAUAGGUGGCCACCUUCAGUCCUUCCAAACACGCCACAAACUCCAACACACCGCAGUACCGAAAGAUUAAAUGGACCUGUGCCACCGACCACUCUUCCACCAAAGCGGAAGAAUCAUAUACCGAGACCACCCUCAGCUGUACCACCAAAUUUUGCACCACCCGGGAUGACCCCUUUUUUGUUCAACAGAGCGAUGAAAAUUGAACGAAAAGGCAACGUCUUGCUUUGA